CAUUGGGAUGCUGUGAUACUGUAAGUCCGAAUGCGGCAAGAAGCCUCACGACUCAGACCUCCAGUACACGAUCGCGACAAAGGACUCUCCCAGCAUCACUCGUCCUCCUCCUCCUCUUCACGUUCGCCCUCUACAUCCGGUUUCACGCUCCCGCCCCACGUCUUUCGCCGCUCUUUCAGUACAUGCAGACUCUGUGCGACCGCGACCCACUCUAUCCGCCGCGCUCUUCAAGAGCAAGUUCGGGAAGGCACUGCUUCCCAUGUAAAAGCUCAGGCGCGCUCACUUGUGGACUACAAAUGUCGACGAUAAAGAGGCAUCGCAUGAACACAACAUGCUCGCGCCUGCCGGACCGGUAGCCAAGCGGAAACGCCUCGAAGGGCCUAUACCACACGCGAUAGCCGAAACCAAUGCUGGACAGCAGGACCGUUGGACAAGCAAACGCCGCGACAUUUCUGUUCACGCUGCACCUGCAGCUCCAACAGCGCAAAACGCGUUGUCAACGACAAAUGUAGUCAUUAGCCUGGACGAAGACGACGAUUUUAACGGGCAAGAAGCACCGAUUGCACCUGCGCGACAUUUCGAUGCAUUUGAGGCAGGCGCAUUGGGCUCCCAUACAAUGGACUCCAGCCCUGUGCAUGCACCUGAGCUCGUAAGGUACAUGAUCCCCGAAACUGCACUGCCGAGCGUUCAUUUGCCUGCAAGAAAGCCAAUGGAUCCCACCACUCGUUCAGCGCCAUCGCUGCCCUCGCCUGCGCCGAGUGAUGAAAACACCAACUCGCCCACAUUGGCCGAAAAUCAAUUAAAUGCACUGCGAAGUCGCCAGUUGAGCGGCCAACAACGAUUGUCCAUGGACCACAAUAUCGUCACAAACAUCAGGCCGCCGGUUCCUCGCUCUCCAUUGACCGUGCAGUCGCCUGGACUUCCUCGACAACAACUUCCGCAACCAUCUGUUUCGAAUCCAUCGCCGCUGCCUCGAGCAGGAGCUGCACCCACCCCAGCGACACUCCGGCAUCAAUCGACGGCGCACGCCCAGCCAGCUCUUCCUUCGCCCCAGUUGGUGCCUCAAUCCCAGACUCUGCAUCAGCGUCGGAGCUUUCAAGGACAUCCACCAAGGCGUCAACUAUCCGGUACAACGCUGCUCUCGAACGCUCCGCCCUUGCAAUCGCCACCUAUUGCAUCGGCGGGACAUGGCCAUCCCCGACAAUUACAGCACGUAACUCAGAUCCCAGCCGCUUCACGCGUCCCGAAGCAGACAUUGCUUGCCCGAAUCGGGACAAAGACAGCAGAAUUGCACGCCGUGCUAUCAAAUGUGGACCAUGGUCGUCUGAAACUCCUGCGUGAUGCUGUCGAAAAGGAAGACUGGUUUUAUCAAAUCUUGAGCCAGAUCUUUUGUCUGCACUCGGUCAUGCCGAGUCUGCUGCCCAAAUCCUUGAAAGACGUCCCUAAAGGUAGCUGGGAUGCCGUGGAGGGGCUCAUUUGUUCCAAUGACUUGGUCAACAAGGAGCUUCUCAAUUUUUUCGCAGACUUUCCCGAGCCGAUCAUGGAGAUCUAUUCCGGUUCACUGAAUAUCAGGGAAGUCUACGAGCAGCGAGCGCGUAGUGUGAAAGCUUUCUUAGCAGCACUUCCGCAAUUCUGGGUACUGAUGCUUCACAAGGGCUUUGAUAUGCUGGCCCCACCGCUCGUAGAAGACAUGGUAGAUGUGCUGCGACUUCACAGCAUAGUUCUCCAGACGACAUGCUUUCGCGCAACCGCACGCCGUUUCUGGGGCCUCGAAGACACAGCAGGAACAGAAGCUAUUAUCCGUCUGCACGAAUUGGAUCAGCAAGCAUAUCCAUAUAUUAUGCAAGGCUGGCGAAGAAAUGAGCAAGAGAAACUCCAAGCACUUGCAGCAUUUCGUAGCUUGUUUACGACGUGGAACAAUUAUCAGCAGCAACGACAACAGCUUGGUGGUGCCUCCGAUACACUCCCGGCCUUUUCUAUUCCGCCAGAAAUCGAAGCCGUAUUCCGGAUGAUGCCCCCAAGCUUGGCAUCCAAAUUGCAACCGCAGCAACAGCGUCAGCAGAUCUUACCAAGAUCGGUACAUCAACAAUCUCAAAGUCCUAUCCAACAGUCACCACUACAGACACGAGCACCCUCACAAAUGUGGGCACAACCUCAACCUCAUGUCAACAUGCCACCGCCCUCGCCCAUGCUCGCAUCUUCUGGCGGACAAACGCCCUUGCAGUCGCCUGUGUUUGCUGGUCAGAGCCACGGAGUGCGCGCUAUGCCUUCGCCGAACGUACCAACAAAUCCUGCAGCUCGGUCCGGGCAAGCUCGUUUUGUGAAGACGCGGGUCUUUCCUACCUUCGAAGAGACUCCUCGGCCACAGCCCACGCAUCCGGACUCCAACCGAUCCGCCCUGCACCAAGCUUACUUGCGGAGCCCAAUUCUGAAGGCCUCUGACCCUGACGUUGAUGCGUCAAAGUUAUUUCGGCAUGUCGUUGGCUACGCUCUGCCUCCAGCAACCAUUCGAAAGAAGUUGUCGGUACAGGUUGCUACUUUUGAUCUGUCUCACACGACGUUCGGUCGAAUCCCACAGACUGUGUCUUCGACUAUUCCAGGAGCACCGAAGGUUCGAACCAUCAACGAGAAUUCGGUCCUGUAUCGCCUUCGCUGCUGUGCUAUUCCAGCGGCAGGUUACACGACCGAAAGCAGUUGGGUAGUGGCUGACAACACAUGGCCCGAGGAGCUGUCUUUUGAGCUCAACGGCGUACAGCUUGACUGUCGACGUAAGUUGCAUCAUGGCCGUUACCUUCCGAUUGAUGUGACCUCGUACGUUCUUAGCGGCGAGAACAAGCUCAAAAUUCUGAAUAGUCGCUUGGCAGACGACAAGCGGAAAUUCGACUUUGCCGUCGCCGUCGAAGAGAUUGGCAUAACGAGCUAUGACAGUAUCAAGCAGAAUCUAGGCUUGAUCUCUGAGCAAGAUUCUUUGACGGCGAUUAAGAAAGCGCUCUCGGGAAGUGACGACGACGCGGAUGACGAGAUCGCAGUCACGUCCAGCAACAUGACCAUUAGUAUGGUGGAACCAUUGUCACAAGCUCGGCUCGUGGACACACCUGUACGCGGAGUCAAUUGCCUGCAUAAAGAUGUCUUUGACCUGGACGUUUUUCUGUCUGUUUGCAAACGUCAGAAGCCAGAUUGGCCUGCGGUCGUGGACUGUUGGCGCUGUCCGCUCUGCCGUGGUGACGUUCGGCCUCAGACGCUGAUCGUCGACGAGUUCCUAGUCAACGUGCGCGCUGAAUUAGAGAGACGGAACGCGAUGGGUACUAAAGCCAUCAUAGUCGAUGCUGAUGGUAACUGGAAGCCGAAACUCGAGGAGCGUACUGGAGUUCGGUCGCCCAGCCUAGAACGUGAAGAAGGCAGUCGAAGAGCGUCAGCUGGACCGCCAAAGGGGGUGGAGAUUAUCGAGCUGGAUUAAAGGCCAUGCGUUUUCCGCCGAUUGAGCACCCCAUUCCAGAUACCAGCGGCAAGCCCUUUACUGGCAUAGUGGAGCCCCUGGCCACAAGCCUUGGAUGCAGAUCGAUGCAGUUCCAAUUCAUCGCCCCCGACACUGCCAGGUUGUUCGCACUGCAAUGGAGCUGCCUAGCUUCAGAAGCAUUUUUCCAAGUACCAGGACCGUUCCAGCCUACAGCGGGCGUUCAGCACCGGCCAGCGGAGAUAUAAAGGACCGUCUCACGCGAUUCGCACGUCCAUCAGCUGGCCAAAUGGAGAGUGCGUGGACCAAGACUUCAAGCUCAGGCCUUGGCUGAUUAUGCACCUGCACUGAUCAGGACUGAGCGAAUGCCCAGAGAUGCCCGAAUCGUGCGCAACGAUGGGUCGCUCAAGCGGCAUUCGCUGUUUGCACGUGUUUUUGCAAGACAUUCUUUGAAUGUCCUUGCCUUUGCUUUCAAUUUUCUGAUUUUACUGUACGAGAUACCAUUUUCGCGAGAGCUGCAAUCCUUCCAGAAGCUGGCUGCCAGUGCGGAAACAGCAGGUUCUGUUGGAAGACAUUGUUUGUAGUUGGGGUCUCGGCACGUUUGUUUUACGAGAUUACGAGGACGGGAGCAAACGGAUGCCCUUAGCAGGUCAUGGCGAUGCAUUGUAUUAAUCUAAAUGAGUGUAUAGUUGUUUAUUGUCUACGGACAUUUCACACGCGC